GUAGGCAUAGGAUAACAGUUAGUUAAUCCAUGCAAUUCGAACUGAAUCCAAAUAAGCCUUCACAAGGUAAUAUUUAUAGAGUUCGAGGACCUUAUGCUACCUUCCUUGUAGCGGUUCUUUGUACAAGAAACUCCCACCUUGGUCUUAAAGAUGCUUCUGAUGGAGCUGUGGUACGAUCAUUAUUGCAAAGAUCUUCUUGCACUGCACUUACUGCAGCUGCAAAGUAAUAAAGUUCGAAUGCGAUAGAUUUUUACAAAAGGGAAAAUGUUUUAUAAAAGCACAUUAUUGUUUGCGCUUCACUAUUUGUUUUCAUUUUUAUUAAUAAACGUGGAAACCGCACCUCGAAGUAGAUCAAAAUCUUCAGGGCAACAAUCCACCACGUUUGAUCAAAAGCAAACUGGCGAAUAUAAUAUACAACUGCACCUAAAAGAUUUUAAUGUGAUUGCUGUAGUGGCAGAUGAAGCUUUUAGUGACCUGGGGGAUUACGAAUAUAAUUAUGACUACUCAGACUUGACAAUAAAGCCGUCUUCGUCCACUUCUAAACCGACUUCGACAGCAGUACCUUCUACAUCCCAGAACCUUUCAUCUCCAAAAACAUCGACUGCGAUUCUUACCACCACAACGAAAGCAACAUCCCAUCUUCCUACAAUCCGUCCCGAAAAUCAUCAUGUCCCUCAAAAGCCGGUGGUUAAUCAGAUUUUCGUACCAACUCAUCAUGAUGGUCCUUACAACAAACCAACUACUCAUAAUUCUUUACCAACAUCUUCCAUUACACCUAAUCUUCCACCAAUUACAAUAUCAUCCACCUCCCCGAAAUCCACAACUGUAAAAUUAGAAAUUACCAGUCAAAGAUCGAGUUCCUCUCCUUCAAGCGUUACACAACAAUCCCUUAAACAAACUUCAACGAUCUCAACUAUUCUAAAACAACAGGAUGAAUCUCAAUCGAGUUCAAAUGCUCAAACUGAAAUUCCGAAGAAAACAACAGAAAAUCAGGAAGAUAGUUUAGACAAUGGACAAGAUUCUAUCAUACAUGUUUUACAGUCUAAUAAUGAACCUAGUGGAGAUGACGAAAAUCCAUCAAUUGUUCUAGGAGAAGUAAUGCACUAUAGAAAAUGCUCAGUUGGAUUUGCUAGGGAUAAAAGAGGACGUUGCAGGAGAAUAAGAAAACCCGUUCCUCAACUUUCAUUUGAUAUUACACGAUUAGCAUCCGGUCUUGCAGCUAAGUUUCGAAGACAAGAAGGUGAAGCUCAACAGUAAUUAACUGGAACUAAGAUAAAAAAAUGAUAUAAACGAUAUAGAGCAUAAUGAAAGACUUAUUUAAAUAAACUCAACUUUGUAAAUAACUUUGUGAUUUUUGAAACGAAAUAAAGUACGUUAUAAAUUAAUA